AUCGGAAUAAGACCGAACCCAUUCACCCAACCCCAUGCCCAAGAGCCCUAAGUAACCCAUCAUUACAAUUUCUGUGUCCAAAAUCCAGUUCAAUGUUUUUUCUUUCUUUCUUCCUUUCUUCAAUUGCAGUUUAACAGUUGGACUCCACUGAUUUUUUAGAGCUUGUAUUUCCCCAAAAAAUCAAUGUAUAAAGAAGAUCCACAAAAUUCCCUCUUGAUUUUCCCACUUUCAGAAGUUAUAUUUUUGUAAAAACAAAGUAAUUCUAAGAAGAAUAUUGAAAAGAAGAAAAAGAAGGAAGAUCUCGUCCUCAAAACAAUGCAGUGGUUCUUCGUUGCUGCUCUUCUCACCAUUCUUACUAGCUCUCAGGGAAUUUUAACAACUUUGUCACAGAGUAAUGGUGGUUACAAGUAUGAUUAUGCAACUGUUCCAUUCCUCGCUGAAGUUUUCAAGUUGGUGGUAUCUAGCAUACUUCUUUGGAGGGAGGUCCGGACGUCACCUUCUGUAAGGAUGACAACUGAUUGGAAAUGUGUGCGACUAUUUCCGAUCCCGUCUAUUAUUUAUCUAAUACACAACAAUGUUCAAUUCGCCACUCUCACUUAUGUGGAUACAUCUACUUAUCAGAUUAUGGGCAAUCUCAAGAUUGUUACGACUGGCAUACUUUUCAGGUUAUUUUUGAAGAAAAAGUUAUCGAACUUGCAGUGGAUGGCAAUUAUUUUGCUGGCUGUUGGGACAACCACAAGCCAGGUCAAAGGUUGCGGGCAGUCAUCUUGCGACUCACUUCUCUCUGCGCCAAUCCAGGGGUAUCUGUUUGGAAUCUUGUCAGCAUGUCUAUCAGCGUUAGCUGGUGUUUAUACCGAGUUCCUGAUGAAGAAGAACAAUGACAGCCUGUAUUGGCAGAAUGUACAACUUUAUACAUUUGGCGCUAUAUUCAACAUGGCUCGCUUAGUUUUAGAUGAUUUUACGAGUGGGUUUGAAAAGGGACCAUGGUGGCAACGCCUUUUUGAUGGAUAUAGUUUGGCAACCUGGAUGGUCAUUCUGAAUUUAGGGUCUUCGGGAUUGCUCGUUUCAUGGCUAAUGAAGUACGCAGAUAACAUUGUGAAGGUUUAUUCCACUUCAAUGGCGAUGCUGCUGACGAUGAUUUUGUCUGUUUAUCUGUUCAAUUUCAAGCCAACCCUACAGCUUUUCUUGGGUAUAAUUAUAUGCAUGAUGUCAGUACACAUGUAUUUUGCUCCUCCAAAUGUGCUUGUCGAUUUACCUGUAACAGCAAAACCAGAGCAUGAGAAUCUGAAAGAAGUUUCCAUCGAAAGGGUGAAUUCAUGACCCCAUUUUGCACAAGAAUAUGUAUAAGCGUAUCUGCUUUGAAUCUUCGAAUCAUAGUUUGAGACAAAAGUGGUUGAUUUAUGCUCUAAACGAUACUGAAUUCUACUUAUUCUACGAAUCGACAGUGCUGCCUGGCACCUGCAUAAGGGUUCUACUGGGGAGUUAGCUAGUUUAUGUUCUAUAGACAGAUUUAGGUAGAAUUUUAUUUUUUUUGUUUGUAAGGCCAAGCUAAUACUUCACAUUUUUAAUCUUGUAGAAAACUGAAAAUGCCUUUUUGAAUUAUUUUUUGGAAAGCAUAAUUCCUUGCCAAUUUGUAAGUAAACUUUUAUGAAAUACUCCCUAUUCUGGAUAAUAUAUUGUUGUCUACUAAAUUGCCAGUGAA